AUGGCUGACAAAAAUGUUAGAAUUCGAGUAGCAUCACCAAUGUUUUUUGAGGAAAAUUCAGUCAACAUGCAAAACAAGAAUGUGUUAAAAUAUCAAUGUGCAGGCAGUGCAGCAGGUAUACCCAUUAAAACCCAUAUUUAUACUAUAAAUAAUAAAACCGCUGAGAAGAAGCAAAUACACCUGUCAAAGCUCAAAGCUUUGCAUUUGAUGAAAGGAACUGCUUUAAGAUCACAACAUUUUUUAUUUUAUUUACACAGUAAGACUGAAUUUAAUACUGGUUGUCAG